UGUCAUGAUGCCGAUUUUGAUUUUCUCAUGAUGUGACCUAUGAAUUGGGAUAGUGGUUUUUUUUUUAUUACAAAUAUGAAUUGGAUCUCAGAUGAAUUUUUUUUUAGUUUCUGAAAUUUUGUACAUGGCCAUAUCAAAUAACCAAAGUUUUGUAGUCUCUGCGCAUUCAGAAUUAUUGAAAGGUUAAGGUCAUUGUUUUUCUCUGUAAAAAUCCAGAUGGCUUUAAAGGAGCAGCUAGAUAAGUUCAACAAACAGCAAGAGAAAUGUCAAUCUACUCUUUCCAGCAUUGCUUCUUCAAGAGAAAGAUCGGGGACUUCGUCGAGGCAGUACGUGCCUCUGCCUGCGGCAAUCACUCAGAAUAAGCCUGAUGCUGCUCCUGUCAGGUUUUCAGACAAUACCAAGCAACUUCAGUACAUUAACAACAUAAGAAACAGUGCUGUUGGAGCUCAAAUGAAGCUUGUCAUUGAUCUUUUGUUCAAGUCAAGGGAAGCAUAUACGGCAGAGCAAAUAAACAAAGCUUGUUACGUUGAUAUGAAAGCCAAUAAGGAUGUUUUUGAUAGAUUGAAGAAGAAUCCUAGAGUGCAUUAUGACGGAAGAAGGUUCUCUUACAAGGCUAGGCACGAUAUCAAGGACAAGAGCCAGCUUCGUUCGUUGGUAUUCAAAUACCAAAAUGGGAUUGAUGUGGCUGAUCUCAAAGAUGCAUACCCAAACAUCAUGGAAGAUUUGCAGGCUCUGGCAGCUUCAGGUGACAUUUUUUGGAUGACAGUAAACACUGUUUCAAAAGAGGGCAUUGCGUAUCCAAAUGUUGAAGACUAUCCGUUUAAGAUUGAUAACGAAUUGAAAGCUAUAUUCCGCGACAUGGACGUCCCGAGCGACAUGCUGGACGUGGAGAAGGAGCUGCGAAAGAUCGGUUUGAAGCCGGCCACAAACACUGCGGAGAGGAGAGCUGCUGAACAGCUCCAUGGCGUACCGAAUAAACCAAUAGAUAAGAAGAAGAAGAAACAAGAGAUCAGCAAGAGAACCAAACUCACCAAUUCCCAUAUGCCUGAGCUCUUCAACAGCAUUAACGCUAGCAGUUCCCGGAACUGAGCCACAUACAUUGCGCUUUGAAGUUCUUCGUCUCCGGACCUAUUUAAUUUUCCUACUCCAGUUCUCUGAACUAAUAAGUCAAAAGAGGAGGAAAGCAUGGACAUUAAUUCUUGAUAAAAGUACCAAACAUAUGAUUCUCUUACAAGUUACAUUAACAAUGACAACUUGUAUUUUGUAUGAUGAUCAUCGAUUCAUUGAAAAAUGAAAA